AUCGGCGAGUGAGAGAGAGAGAGGGGGGACAGGUUAAAAAAUAGAGAGGCUAUCGUGCGCCGCUAGGGAGAAGGGAAAGUGGCCGACGCUAUCGUGCGCGGAUAGAGAGGAAGGAGGAGCGUGUAGAGAGGGAAAGGAAGGCCGGAUACUACCGUGCUUCAUGGGUGGUGGCAACGGAGCGACAAUGAACGGAUUCGUGUCAUCAUCUUCUUCGGCAGAUUCGCAGUACGCUCUUGCAAAGACGUCCGUUUGGUGGGAUAUCGAGAACUGCCAGGUUCCCAAGAACUGCGAUCCGCACGCGAUCGCUCAGAACAUAAGCUCGGCCCUGGCCGAGAUGGAUUACCGCGGGCCUGUCUCGAUCUCUGCCUACGGAGACACGCAGAGGAUCCCGCCAUCCGUACAGCAAGCCCUGUCCAGCACUGGCAUCGCCCUCAACCAUGUCCCCGCCGGUGUUAAAGAUGCAAGUGAUAAAAAAAUCCUUGUUGAUAUGCUGUUCUGGGCAGUCGAUAAUCCUGCCCCUGCAAAUUAUCUGCUGAUAUCUGGUGACCGUGACUUCUCCAAUGCUCUCCAUCAACUGCGCAUGAGGAGAUAUAACAUCCUUCUAGCACAACCACAAAAUGUAUCUGCAGCGCUGGUUGCUGCUGCAAAAAGUGUAUGGCUUUGGACAAGUCUCGUGGCAGGAAGAGCGGCAUUGCAGAGUGCAGAUGCCUUAAAGGAUGGUAAUGCUUCAAACACGGAGGCACCAAAAAGUAGUAUCCCUGACCCUGCACAGACAAAGCAGCCUGCAGAUCCGGUUUUUGAGGGCUCCCAUUUUGGAAAUGGAAAGUUCUUUGGUAAUGGUGGAAGGGCUGACAACAACAAUAAGUUCAACAACAAAGGGAAGCAAACUCGGAGAAACCCAAGUCAACCCAACAUACCAAGAUCUUCUAGCAAUGAGUUUAGGCAACAACCUCCUGUUUCAAAUAAAGGAGGUCCUAGCAAUGGUAGUUCUGAAAGCAGCUUUCCCCCACCACCUCCUUCUCCUUCUGGCUUUCCCAACCAUCCCGGACAUGCACAGGGAAAGCAGGUGAAGGAAGCUCCGCAUGAGUUAUUUGGGGGUAACCUGCCCAAAACAUCAAGUGCACCACCCAGUUUCAAUCAAUAUCAUUCCGACCCUUCCUGGAAAAAUGGAACCCACUUCCCUAACAAUUACCCAAAUCAGUUUCCACAAGGAAAUCAGUAUCCGCAAGGACCACAACCAGUGAGGCCGAGUGACCUUAUGCCUCCUCAACCUGCUUUUGCACCAGGGAAUUUGUUUCCACCAAAUUCUCAUAUGCAUGGUACACAUCCUUUUCCGCCCAGGCCUGAUGUCCCGCCCUUCAGUUCAGGCCCACCUACAAACCUACCUGAUAUUGGUAAGCUAAAUAUGUCUGAAUACCCUGGCAAUGCCCACAAUACUCCAACAUUUCAGUGGAACGGAGAGCCAAGGCAUGCUUUUGGUCCUGAAUCAUCCAUACCAAACUUCAAAACCCAACAGAAUCCACCCCCACCACACAGUGCUCCACCCUUCUACCCUGACGCUUCAGGUAGUAGGCACUUCCCUCGUGGCCCGGAAUUUCGACCCCCAUCAUCUAUUCCCAUGGAUAAUACCACUUCCGGUAACGGGCAGUGGGGAGCUCCAGGUUGCCCACCGCCAUCUAAUCAUGCUCUCAGCCUUAUAGGGAAUGUCUUACUUGCCUUGAACACGCUUAAACAUGAUAAAAUGGCACCCACAGAGGCAAAUAUAGCAGAUUGCAUACACUAUGGGGAACAAAAUCUCCCACAUUUGAAUGUUAGGAUGGCCAUCGACCUUGCCAUCGAGCAACAGAUGAUAGUGAAGAUGCAAGGUGCUUUGAAGCUUUAUAUCCAGAAAAAUGAUGAGCUGUGGAAGUGUGUCAACCCUAUAGGUACCGUUAAGCAGCCGAAAGUUACGUGGGAUUCUGUCCAGAAAUUCCUUGGUUCUGUUGGAGGACGCUCUGCAAUGAUGACUUCCAACUGCAGGUAUCAAGCUGCUAUGAUACUAAAGAAAUCAUGCUUGAAAGAUCUCGUUUUGGGUGACAUACUCCAGAUUCUGAAUUCAAUUGUCACCAUCAAGAAAUGGAUUAUAGUUCACUCCUCGGGCUGGCAGCCGAUAUCUAUUACCCUACCAGAGGCAAAUGCCAAGGCAGGUGUCAAACCUGCUACUUGAUUUUCAAGCCUACUAAUUGCUUGCGGUAGAAAGGGGUCUCCUUGAAGAUAGUAAUGGGUGAUUUGAAAAAAGAAAAAGAGGAGAAAAAAAAAAGACAUCAGAUUCGAAGAUGUGAUAAAGGGGCCCUUUCACAACCGUCGAUUUAGUAGGUUGAAGCCGAAGUAAACAAAAUGCAACUUUAGGACAAAACGCUAGGGGAGUAAGCACUGUGAAGUCUUUUCUUUCUAUUUUCUUUUUCCUUGGACCGUUGGUGGAGAAGUUAGUAAUAGUUAAAAACAUGGGGAGGUAAGUGCUUGAUAGGAGUGGUGCCGGAAUGACAUACGGCUCCAUCUCGAUGUGGAGAAAGGCUGUUUUCUGCACAAUGCGUCUGCCUUCUUGGAGGGGUCAUGCUUGGAGUUAUCACCAGCUCUUUGCUCCCUUUCCAGUAUACUGUUAGGAUUAAUCAUAAACCAUUGAGCCAUGAACACUGGAGAAAAAACUGUGGUAAGGGAAAUGCCCACAGGUAUCUACUCUAUAAGCCAAUCAAAUACAUAUCUGUUUGGUAUGUCAAUCCUACAAAACUAGUCUGUUGAAACCGAGCGAGCAGGGUCCCUCUAUGGCUGGAUCCUGUAGACUUUGAAGCUCUCUCUUUUUCUGGGCAAACUUGAGCUCUGCUGAAAGAGGCGCGAUGGAGUGGGUGUGGUUUUUGGCCAUUAGUUCGACAUUGCUUUUGAGAAUUCAGGCAGAAAUCGAGCUUAUGUUUUGUGCAAAAUGAGUGGUUGUGAUUACUUUCACAUGGGUUUGAAAAAAUUCGGGCAGUGUCCCUACUGUUUAUAAGGAGAAUAGAAGACAGGUUUUUGUUACAGAUGGAAUCACGACAGUAUUUGGAUUCCAAGAUCUUCAAGGUCGGCACAAGCAUGAGCUCUGCUUCCUUCAUGGCAGUAUAUCUUGUUAUGUGGCUAUCUAAAGGAGUUCUUGGAGUUAUCUGACUUCCGAAGCAGAGGGGAUGAAAUGGUGUGUACCUGCGCUGUAUCAUUUUGGGUAUUGCCAGAGAAUCAUAUACUGCCUAGACAAACCCAAUUUUGGUUAUGGUCAGAGAAGCCAGGAAGUUAAAGCCAACGUUGACUUUUCGUUCUUCUUUUUUUCCAGAUGCAGGUGCGUUUCAGUCUGAAAAACGACAUAAACGUUUUUUGUAUUCUGAGGGGAUUGCUCUUCUUUGCUUACUUUGCAUAGAAUUGGGUUAUUUUCAGAUGAAGUUGAGACAGUUUAUUUUGAGUAUAUGUGAUGUAUAUAUGUGUACAGGCCUAUUAUGAAUAAUGUGUAGGUGUGGUUUGAACA